AUGACUUGGCAUCUCAAAGCCUUGGCAAGGACUCCCGGCUCCUCCUCUCCAUCGACGUGCACGGCCAUGCCUUGCUCAUCAACUUCGUUCGGUGCACCGUCCUCACCCGGAUCAACUUCAAGGCCCAGGUCCAGAGCGCCAAGUGGAGUCCGGAUGCCCGCUGGCUCGUCGUGA